AUGUUCAUUUUAUGAUCAUCAGCAGUCAAUUCCUUUUUCAACAGGCAAAUAAAUUCCUGAAGGAAAGCUUACAAAUGUGUCAGUUACGUCAAAUUAUGUUGAUAAAAAUGUGAUAAUUGCUCAUACCGAUUACCGAAUAUAUAGGUUGAAAUUUGAACCAAUUGAUACAAAUUCGAAAACUGUACUUCGACGGAAAGGUUAUCUUCAUUCUUCACAUUGCCUUGCUAUUUUUUUUUAAGCGUAUAUGUUUGUUCCAUAAUUCAAAAUUACCACGAAAGUAUAUCGAACUCUGAACGUUCAGGGAUUAUUAUCAAGGACAUUCUCGUUCAAAUUAGUUUUAAACAAAUAUGCCUUGAUGAAAGUCGUCCAAUAUGGCAAUUAAAGGCCAUAAUCAUAAGACGGGUGAAUUAAAUAACGCAACUAAAAUUUUAACUAGUUUAACAGCAGGAGCUAUAGCUGGGGCCUUGGCAAAAACCACUAUUGCUCCACUCGAUAGAACAAAAAUAAAUUUUCAGAUAGGAAAAAAUCCUUAUUCUACUAGAAAGGCUCUGAAAUUUUUGAAACAGACUUAUAAACAAGAAGGAUUUAUAGCAUUAUGGAGAGGAAACAGUGCAACAAUGGCAAGGAUUGUCCCUUAUGCUGCUAUACAAUUUACUGCUCACGAAGAAUGGAAAAAGGUGUUGGGAGUAGAUGGCUCCAGGGGGAAAGAAUCACCGAAAAAAUUGUUUCUGGCUGGUUCCCUAGCAGGAGUCACAUCCCAGUCCCUUACAUACCCACUUGAUCUGGCAAGAGCUCGCAUGGCAGUUACAAAAAAAAUUGAAUAUGCAACACUAAGAGAGGUGUUUGUCAAGGUUUACAAGGAAGAAGGAUUAAGGGCUUUUUAUAAAGGUUACAUUUCUACAAUAGCUGGAGUUAUACCAUAUGCUGGAGUGUCAUUUUUCACAUAUGAUACGCUCAAGCAAAUCUAUAAGGAUAAGUUUGAAGAAAAAUAUUCUGGAUUUUAUCCACUUGUUUCUUUGUUCAUGGGAGCAUGCGCCGGUAUGCUUGGCCAGACUAGCAGUUAUCCACUUGAUAUUAUAAGGAGAAGAAUGCAAACAGAUACUCAGGGAAGAUAUCCAACUAUAAAAGCAACCAUUUUAUAUAUGCAUAGGACAGAGGGUUUAUGGAGAGCAUUAUACAAAGGACUAUCCAUGAAUUGGAUCAAAGGCCCAAUUGCGGUUGGAAUUAGUUAUGCGACUUAUGACAAUACUAAAGAAUCGUUACGUGCCUUUCUUAUUGAUAAACAGAAUAAAAAAAUUUCUGUUGAGAAACCUGUUUAAUUAUAUACAAUAAACAUCUCAAUCGAUAUUGUCAAUAAAUGUUAAUGUUAGUGGAUUUUACUCCUUGUUGAUUAUUUGUUUAGUGUAAUAAAUUCUUGUUUUGCAA